AUGGGUGGGCUACCUCUAUGGAGAAGCCCAUUGUCAAAGUCGAGUGACCGGCGCGGUCAAGCAGUUGAGGGCGUGGCCGAUGUCACAACCCAAGAUGAGACCCUCUUUGAGAACCCACAGUUUGAGCACUAUGAAGCAACCUCCAAUAUUCAGCUGUUUUUUGAUCUCUUUUUCGUUGCAAAUUUGACCUCGUUCACAAACGCCCAUGAGAUUAACAGCUCACAGAAAAUGGGCUCCUACAUCGGUUUCUUCUGCAUCUUGUGGUUUACUUGGGCUCAGGUGACUUUGUACGAUGUCCGGUUUGCUACAGAUAGCGUUCUCGAAAGUGUCGCCCACACCUGUCAUUCCGGAGUUAUGGUAGGGCUCGCGAUCAUUGGACCCGAAUUUUUGACGGAAGAUGAUGGAUGGGGACCCCCGCAGCAGCUGUCACUCAUCCUGAUGGCGAGCCGUGUGGUUCUGUUUUGUCAAUAUGGUUCAACUCUGUUCUUUACCUGGAGGUACCGCGCCACCCGUUUACCAUUGAUGGGAGUGAUGGUGUCCCUAUUCAUUGCCGCCAUCAUCUAUCUUGGUGUAUCCUUUGCAUUUUACCGGACGGCGUCCAACGCCUAUAUUGCGUGGUAUGUUGUCGCCGUGAUAGAAGUUGGGGUUAACUUGGCCCUUGCGGCCCGCUGGAAAGCCAUAUCAUUCGAGAAAACACAUCUCGUGGAGAGAUUGACUUGCCUGACACUGAUUAUCCUGGGCGAGGGCAUCAUCGGCCUGACCAAGACAAUUGUCAAGAUUGAGACCUUCGACCUCAAAUUCACCUCUGCAGACAUUGGUUCUGUCAUAUCGGCAGUUCUGGUUAUUAAGGGGGGUUCGACCGAAGGUCUGCUCACUACGCUGAAUGACACAGUUCAUACCAUCUACGAGAGAUUCCCCUCCACACAGAAUGUGUUUGAUGAGGUCGAAGCAUCCUUGGAUGCAGUCAUGAACCAUGCUGCUAACACCACAGAUGAGGAGAUAAUGGAAAAUGUUCAACUGGUCUUUAGGCAGAUGACCAAAACAAUUAUUGAAGGCUUCGGCUGGGAACCACCAACUGAAAUAGCCGAUGAGGACUUUACUGCAUAUGGCAGCUCGAUCGUAUCCAUAUUCAACCUUACUUUUGGAUACUUCUGCGUCUGCACCGGCCUUGUCUGUUUGAUAAUAGGUGUCCUCACAUUACUGUCACACAGAUAUCGUUCCGGCCAUUCUAGUUUACGGUAUAUCAGUAUCGGUGCCAACAUCCUCGUUGGGCUGGGUAUUGCUCUACUGAGCACCGCGGUCUUAACCGAUGCGGCAGGGAACCUGGGUACAACGCCCUGGACUCUUCCUGCGCUCACACUAAUAUUGCUCGCUUUGAUUCUCUUGCACCAUUUGUCGGUGGCGCCUCCGAAGCCUGAAUCGAAGGAUAACUAG